AUGACCGCGGGGAAAGAAUCGAAUUUGCGAUUUCGUGGAUGGAGGGACGGGCACGGAGGAGUGAGGUGUGCCGGAGAUGAGACAUGGUGA